AUGAGACUUGAGCUGUUGAAUGACUCGCGCCUCGAGGCCGGGCGUGAGUUUGUUCCCAUCAAGCGAUUGGGCACCGGAUCUUUCGGCACAGUAUUUGUCGCUGAUUGGCACAGCCCACUCCCAUCUGGCACGAUGGUGCCGGCCAUGCAACAUUCUUAUGCCCGCCCUGAAUAUGUCGGAAAACGUAUUGUGGCAAUCAAAAGAAUGAUUCGUCCGUAUUCAACACUCGAAGACUGUCUCUCGUUAAAUGAGCUGCAUGCUCUGAUUGCCCUUCCGCCGCAUGAAAAUAUCAUUGCUCUCUAUGACGUAUUCCGAAAGCCGAUUUCGCAGGAAUUAUACCUCGUGUUUGAGUGCAUGGAAGGCAACCUGUUCCAGCUUAUGAAGUCCCGAAAAGGUCGUCCGAUGGCGCCAGGGCUUAUUGCCUCGAUCAUACAACAGUCCAUCGCAGGCAUAGAACACGUACACUCACAAGGCUUUUUCCAUCGCGACUUGAAGCCAGAAAAUCUGUUGAUUACCACCACAGGUCUAGGUGAAUACCCUCUUUCGAAGUCUCAGAUCGAUGGUACAAAACAGGAUGUACUAGUUGUCGUCAAAGUCGCUGACUUUGGCCUAGCUCGAAAAAUGGAGGAGAAUGCGACGUUUACGACGUACGUGUCAACACGCUGGUAUCGUGCGCCUGAGAUUCUGCUCGAAUCUCAGAAGUAUUCGUCGGCCGUUGACCUUUGGGCAUUAGGCGCCAUUAUAGCUGAAAUGGUUCGCCUCGAGCCAUUGUUUCCGGGAAACAACGCAAUGGAUCAGCUUCAGUGCAUUUGCAGCGUGUUGGGUGCGCCUACAAACGAUAUGCAUCUCCCUCUAUCGAAUGGCUCCCUCUGGCCGGCCUGGCUUGAUGUGAUGCAACAGUGGGAGCGUUCAGUGCAACCGCUUUCACCAGUAUCGCUUGAGCGAUACUUUCCCUUCCCUACCUCGGAUGUUUUAUUGGACUUCAUCUUUCACAUACUCCGCUACGACCCCGCGGAUCGACUAACAGCCAGACAGUGUUUGCAACAUCCUUUCUUGGUGAAUGAAGCGCCUAAACUGCGACCGACCCGUCGCAUGAUUCCAGAGCCUACGCAUCACCCCCCCGCUACUGCCCUCAGCUAUGACACUGACUCGCCCUACGAGUCUGAUAGCGUCGGAUCUCCAGAGGGCGCGCUGGAAGCUGUUCGCGACACACCACCGAAAUCAGAGCUUCAUGAGCAUUCGGACGUGAUGAAACGCUUGAAUUUCGCACAAGGCGACAACCAAUAUGUCCUUUUUCCCAAGUCAAGUCUCUUGCACCGAUCACAAGUCUCGCCUGGAUCACGCUCCAAUUCCCCUUUGUUCUUUAUGCACACCAGGAAAAAAACUCAAGAGAGCACACGAAGCAUGACUGAAGCCAUUGCUGCAUCCCCGUCGGCUUGCACUAUGACUCCUCCGACAUUGCGUCCGAAGAGCGAAGGCUUUUCGGAUCGAAGACCGUCCUUUUUCUCCGAGCGACAUGAAUCGGGACACCUUUCGUCUGGCACUCUUUUGCGCCGAGGCAAGAAAGAUCCUGUGGAAAAGGAGACAAAAGAAAUGGAGCGAAAACGUCGUGAAGAUGAAAAGGCUAAACUUCGUGAGCGAUCGCGUGCCGUUGUACAAAAUCGGGUUAAUAUGAUGCAAGACCAAGGCUUGAAAACACAUUCGAAGCGGUGGGUUGAUAUUGGGCUGUAG